GAGCGGCGGCGGGGAGCGGCGUCCCCGGCUCCCGCAGCCGGCUCGGGAGGGCGCGGCGAGCUGGAGCAGCGCCGCCGAGGCCUCCGCGGUGAAGCUCAACGAGAAGGCGAGCAGGGAGAAGAUCCUGACGCUGGAGUCCAUGAACCCCUACGUGAAGGCGGUGGAGUACGCGGUGCGGGGCCCCAUCGUCCUCAAAGCCGGCGAGAUCGAGAAGGAGCUGCGCAAGGGAAUCAAAAAACCUUUUACUGAAGUAAUUAAAGCCAACAUUGGAGAUGCACAUGCAAUGGGACAGAGGCCAAUCACCUUCCUUCGUCAGGUAGUGGCACUGUGCACAUACCCAAACCUGCUGGACAGCCCAAGUUUUCCAGAAGACGCAAAAAAGCGAGCCAGACGGAUCUUGCAGGGUUGUGGAGGUAACAGCUUAGGAGCUUACAGUGCCAGUCAAGGUAUAAAUUGCAUCCGUGAAGAUGUUGCUUCAUAUAUUGAAAGAAGAGAUGGAGGAGUUCCUGCAGAUCCAGAUAACAUAUAUCUUACCACUGGGGCAAGUGAUGGCAUUGCUACAAUUUUAAAGAUCCUGGUCUCAGGAGGUGGAAAAUCCCGAACAGGAGUGAUGAUCCCUAUACCACAAUAUCCCUUAUAUUCAGCAGCCAUAUCUGAACUAGGUGCCAUCCAGGUGAACUACUAUUUGGAUGAAGAAAAUUGCUGGUCUCUAGAUGUGAAUGAACUUCGCCGCUCCUUGAAUGAAGCUAAGGCAUAUUGCCAUCCAAAAGUCCUCUGCAUCAUCAACCCAGGAAAUCCCACAGGACAGGUGCAAAACAGAAAGUGCAUUGAAGACGUGAUACACUUUGCUUGGGAAGAGAAACUUUUUCUUCUGGCUGAUGAGGUUUACCAGGACAAUGUGUAUUCUGAAGGAUGCCAGUUUCAUUCCUUCAAAAAGAUUCUGUACGAGAUGGGACCUGAGUACUAUAACAAUGUUGAGCUGGCCUCUUUUCACUCUACAUCUAAGGGAUACAUGGGCGAAUGUGGCUACAGAGGAGGUUAUAUGGAAGUCAUCAACUUGCACCCAGAAAUGAAAGGACAGCUUGUUAAGCUGCUUUCUGUUCGCAUUUGUUCUCCAGUCUCAGGACAAGCAGCAAUGGAUAUUGUAGUAAAUCCUCCAAUACCUGGAGAAGAAUCGUAUUCACAGUUCAUAAAGGAGAAGGAGUCUGUUUUGAACAAUCUUGCCAAAAAAGCAAAACUGACAGAAGACAUGUUUAACAAGGUACCAGGAGUUCACUGCAAUCCGCUUCAAGGAGCUAUGUAUGCUUUCCCACGGAUCUUUAUCCCUGCCAAAGCCAUUGAGGAAGCAAAGGCUCAUAAAAUGGCACCUGACAUGUUAUAUUGCAUGAAACUUCUGGAAGAGACUGGAAUUUGUGUUGUACCUGGAAGUGGAUUUGGCCAAAGAGAAGGAAGCUACCAUUUCAGAAUGACCAUACUUCCUCCAAUAGAAAAGCUGAAGAUCCUACUGGAGAAAAUGAAAGACUUCCACAUAAAGUUUCUUGAAAAAUAUGCAUGAAACUGCUGUGGCUUUUUCCUCCAUCCCCUCCCUUUCAAGGUGAACGCAGAAAAUGAACAAGAAUCUGCUAAAACUGUGCUGUUCAUCUAAUUAAACUAAAUUCAAAAUAGAUAGAACCUAUCUCAGAUACAGCUACAACUUACUGGAUUGAAUUUAAUGUCUGGUAAUAUGUGACAUUGUUACAGAAACUUUUUUUUUCUUUUAAGAGGAAGGGGAAAAUGAGAAGAGAACGGUGGAAGAAGUCAGUAAAUGAUUUUGUGCCUUGACUGGAAGUUACAUUCUUGAACUUUUGACUCAACAGGUUGGGGAAAGGAGUUGGUCAUGACAUCUACUACUGCUGUUUGGGGGGGUGUUUUUGUUGUUGUUGUUGUUUUUUACAAGACAGAAAUGCUCGGAGCAAUUGUUUAGCUAGGAACAUGAUUCCCAUCUUAAAAUUCUAAACAAAAAUUCAGAAGCCUACUGCAAGGUAUUACAAGGUACUGGAUUUUUUUGUUUGUUUUAAGUAUGAAGUGUUCUCUGGAUCUGAUUAAACGUGUAGGUACAGCAUGCUUAUUUAAAAAAAUCACUGGCAGAUGUAUGUAGAUACCUUUGAACUUCUGUUAAAAAGAAAUCCUGCCAUCACAGCAUAAUCUGAGUGAAUAUAGAGUUUUGAUCACAGGAGUGAAUAUGCUGUCUGUUUGAACCCUAUUUGUAUGAAAUUGAAACAUAAUGAGGAAUAUUAGCUUCUUAUUCAUAUACUGUUGUACUCUUAUUAAAACACAGCUAAAUCAAGUCAUCAUCUAGGAGUACAGCUGUAUUACUCCACUAAUCCAUGCUAGUUCCACUGAACAGAGAAAGAAGGCUUCAGUUUGUCUAGAGUUGGAAGACGGACACCUUCUGCUAGCACUGGCAAAGUACUGAAGAAACAUAGCUUCCUUCCAGUAUUCAGCCAUGAAAGCAUUAACAUUUGUCAGGCUUAGGCUCAGCAUUUCACGGAGUUUAUUCAUUAAGAAUAUCCCAUUUCAUCUAGUCAUUAAAUGAUUAAAGUAAAUUCAUUUUAAUGUCUACCAGCACUUUGUUAGGCUGCCUUUGUAGCUGCUUCAGCAUCCUAUGCUGAUCCAGGUAAUACUAAAGCCAAGGGCUAGAGAAUCAAGAUAUGGAUAAAGGAUGUGCCAAAUCAUUAUGUGUAGAAGACAGAGACGUUGACAAUAAUUGUCACUGCUACAGCAGCUACUAGGCUAUGAUGUAGCAUUGGCAGUUGGUAUACUUCUCACUGCUCCUCACAGAAGUUUGUGAGAAAAAACUUAGCACUUCUCUAUUGUCUACCAGUGGACAUAGGUUCAAAAAUGAAAAUCACAUGCUGCUACACAAAGUAACUAUGGAAGCUUGGGGAAAAAACAUUUCACAAAAAAAUUUACUUUCAUCUGUGAUGGAUGAAAUGAUUUCUGGGAGGACAGCAGACAGGGAACACUUACAUUGCUACUAUCCAUUGAUAAAUAAAUGCAAGCUUUUAUCUGUUAGCACUCUCCCCUUGGCAUCCUUAACAUGCACUAAUAAAACAAAUUUAUAAAGCAAAACUGUAAUAAGAGGUUAGAACGUUGAUUUAAAAAUAUGACAAACAACGCUUUCCUAUUCUAGAAAUGUGUCUAAAUCAGAUCUGGCUUUCAACUUGCAGAUUGAAAUUUGUAGAUUAAAGCUAAAAUCUAACAACGGGAGUUAGAAUAUUUUUUAUAUUUUUGUAACUACAGCUUUUUCAUUGGGGUAGUAUUUGUAAUUUAAUAAGUCGAUAGAUUUUAUAUUUGCCUUGCAUUUGCACCUGAUACUUCUGGAAAAAUGUAAAGGUUUACAAGUUUCUAAUGAUACUUUACAGGUGUCAAAGGCUUUUUGUUUUAAGUCAGGACAGUAAUUCUUACACUUUUAAAUCAAAAUAUAAUGGCAUAAACUGAGU